AUGCUAUCCGCCGUAGCAUCGGUACUUCUUGCAGGACUCUCCGUCGUCGCUGCGCAGCUCACGGAUCCACGAAUUGUCGGGACUUGGUCGUCGAAAUCCAACAGUACAUUCACAGGGCCGGGCUUCUACGAUCCCGUAAACGAGAAGUUCACCGAGCCUCAGCACCCUGGCAUAUCGUACUCUUUCACCGAAGAUGGCUACUUCGAGUCCGCAUACUUCCGAGCGAUCGCAAACCCCCAACAACCCCAGUGCCCGAAAGGCAUAAUACAGUGGCAGCAUGGCAGAUACACAUUAGCGGCUAACGGCCGCCUCACCCUCACUCCCUUCGGUGUCGACGGCCGCCAGCUCUUCUCCGAUCCGUGUAUCCACCCGAACGCGAUAUUGACCCGGUACAGUCAGUCCGAGGAAUUUGAGCGCUACGAGCCCGUCGCCAGCGAUCCCUACCACAAUAUCCCCCGUCUGAACCUCUUCCGCUUCGACGGCUCGCCCGUGAUGCCGCUGUACCUGGUAUACAGACCUCCGCAGAUGCUGCCGACGAAGACCUUGAACCCCACCGGUGUAUCCGCGACCGCCACGAGCAAGAGCCAGAAGUUCAAGCGCUCGAAGGGCUUGGACGAGACCGAGCUGCCGUUGAACCACAGAGUGCUCAGCAAGCGGGAAGAGCUGAGGCACGCCACUGCGGACCGGUGGUGGUGGUUCGGGGUAGCUGCUACUGGGGUCGGCGGGGUGUUGUACUUCUGCUUUUAG